AUGGUCCACCCAAAGCCCGGCUCCACCCGCAGCAGGAUUCCCUGGCCCCCACGGUCAGUGGCCCGCACCUUCCUGCAGAGGAACAUGGUCAUCCUGUGGCUGCUGCCAUCCUGCCUCUCCCUGCCUCCCACGCAGGAUCAGACCAAGAUUCCUCUGGACACGGUGAGGCUGUGGGCAGACACCUUCGGCAGGGACCUGUAUCACACCGUGACCAAAUACUCGGGCUCCCUUUUACUGCAGAAGAAGUACGAAGACGUGGAGUCCAGUCUGCAGAUCGAGGAGGUGGACGGCCUGGCGCUGGUGAAGCAGUUCUCAGAGGACAUGGAGACCAUGCUCCGCAGCAAAGUGGAGGCAGUGCAGAGGCUGGUGGAGGCCGCCGAAGAGGCUGAUCUGAACCACGAAUUCAACGAGUCUCUGGUGUUUGACUAUUACAACUCGGUCCUGAUCAACGAGAGAGAUGAGCAUGGCCGCUACGUGGAACUGGGAGCGGAGCUGGUCCUGGAGGCCAAUGCCCACUUCAGCAACCUGAGGGUGAACACCUCCCUGAGCAGUGUACAGCUGCCCACCAAUGUGUACAACAAAGACCCCCACAUUUUAAAUGGCAUCUACAUGUCUGAAGCCUUGAACCCUGUUUUUGUGGAGAACUUCCAGAGAGACCCGACACUGACAUGGCAAUAUUUCGGCAGCUCAAAUGGAUUCUUCAGGAUCUAUCCAGGUUUCAAGUGGACCCCUGAUGAGAAUGGAGUCAUUACCUUCGACUGCCGGAACCGUGGUUGGUACAUACAGGCUGCGACGUCGCCCAAGGACGUGGUGAUCCUCAUUGAUGUGAGCGGCAGCAUGAAGGGGCUGAGACUGGCCAUCGCCAAGCACACCGCCUCCACCAUCCUGGACACCUUGGGCGAGAACGACUUCGUGAAUGUCAUCGCGUACAACGAUUACAUCCAUUACCUCGAACCUUGCUUUAAAGGGAUCCUCGCUCAGGCAGAUCAAGACAACCGGGAGCAUUUCAAACAGCUGGUGGAGGAGCUGAUGGUCAAAGGUGUGGGAAUCGUGAACCAAGCCCUGAGCGAAGCCUUCCGGAUCCUCCAGCAGUUCCAGGAAGCCAGGCAAGGAAGCCUAUGUAACCAGGCCAUCAUGUUGAUCACGGACGGAGCUGUGGAGGACUACGAGCCAGUGUUUGAGAAGUUUAACUGGCCAGACCGAAAGGUCCGAGUGUUCACUUACCUCAUUGGGAGAGAAGUGUCUUUUGCUGACCGGAUGAAGUGGAUCGCAUGCAACAACAAAGGCUACUACACACAGAUCUCCACGCUGGCAGACGCCCAGGAGAACGUGAUGGAGUACCUGCAUGUGCUCAGCCGUCCCAUGGUCAUCAACCAUGACCAUGACAUCAUCUGGACAGAAGCUUACCUGAACAGCAAGCUCUUCACUUCGCAGGCCCAGAGCUUGACCCUGCUGACCACCGUCGCCAUGCCGGUCUUCAGCAAAAAGAACAGAACGCGAUCCCACGGCAUCCUCCUGGGUGCGGUGGGCUCUGAUGUGGCCCUGCAAGAGCUGAUGAAGCUGGCUCCUCAGCACAAGCUGGGGGUGCACGGAUACGCCUUUCUGAACACUAACAACGGCUACAUCCUCUCACACCCUGACCUGCGACCCUCGUAUAGAGAGGGGAAGAAGCUGAAGGCCAAGCCCAACUACAACAGCGUGGACCUCUCUGAAGUGGAAUGGGAGGGCCACGCCCAACGCCUAAGAACAGCCAUGAUCAAUGGGGAAACUGGUUCUCUGUCUAUGGAAGUGAAGGUGCCGUUGGACAAAGGGAAGCGUGUCCUUUUCCUGACCCAUGAUUACUUCUUCACACACAUCAGGGACACGCCUUUCAGUUUGGGAGUGGUGCUGUCCCAGGGCCACGGAGAAUACGUCCUCCUGGGGAACACAUCUGUGGAAGAAGGCCUGCAUGACCUGCUUCACCCAGAUCUGAUGCUGGCCAGUGGAUGGAUCUACUGCGUCACAGAUAUCGACCCAGACCACCAGAAGCUCAGUCAGCUGGAGGCCAUGACCCAGUUCCUGACGGGGGAGGACCCAGACUUGGAAUGUGAUGAGGAGCUGGUGCAGAAGGUCCUGUUUGACGCAGUGGUGACAGCCCCCAUGGAGGCCUACUGGACGGGACUGGCUCUCAACAGCUCAGAAGAGCCCCAGGAAGUGGUGGACAUGGCGUUUCUGGGCACUCGGGCGGGUCUCCUUAGAAGCGGUUUGUUCGUGGGCUCCGAGAAGGUCGCCGACAAGAAGUUCCUGACUCCUGAGGACGAGGACAGCACAUUCACCAGGGGCCACUUCCCUCUGUGGUACCGCCAAGCCGCGGAGCAGCCAGCUGGCAGCUUUGUCUACAACCUCCGCUCCGCAGAGGCACCAGAGAGUCCAGGCGAGCCUGCGGUGGUGACAGUGAGCACAGCUGUGACCUUGACCGUGGACAGGAAGACCGCCAUCGUUGCAGCGGUGGGCGUUCAGGUCAAGCUGGCCUUCCUCCAACGCAAGUUCUGGGCGGCGACACAACAGUGCAGUGUGGAGGAACCAUGCCCAGGGAGCUGCCAGGACAGCGACCUGGACUGCUUCGUCGUAGACAACAAUGGGUUCAUCCUGAUCUCUGAGCGGGCCCAGCAGACAGGAAGAUUUCUGGGGGAGGUUGAUGGUGCCUUCAUGACCCAACUGCUCAGCAUGGGGGUGUUCAGCCAAGUGACCAUGUACGACUACCAGGCCAUGUGCAAGCUCCCGGGUCACCACCAGAACUCGGCUCAGCCCCUGGCCAGCCCAAUCCCUGCCUUCCUGACUGCUACCAAGUGGCUGCUGAAUGAGCUCUUGCUGUUCCUGCUGCAGUGGAGUGCCUGGGGAAGCUGGCAUGGGGAUAGUGGGGCCGCCGCCAAAGGCGUGCUCCAUCACGCCCACAAGCACAAGAGACUGGACCUGCUGCAGCCAUGCGAUACGGAGUACCCAGUGUUUGUGCACCAGGCGGCUGUCCGGGAGACCAACGGCUUCAUCGAGUGUGGGACCUGCCAGAAGAUGUUCAUGAUGCAACAGAUUCCCAAGAGUAACCUCCUCCUCCUGGUGACAGACUCCACGUGUGAUUGUAGCAUCUUCCCUCCUGUCCUGCAGGAGGCCACAGAAGUCAAAUAUAACGCCUCUGUCAAGUGUGACAGGAUGCGCUCCCAGAAGCUGCGGCAGCGACCGGAUUCCUGCCACGCUUUCCACCCAGAGGAGAACGCACAGGACUGUGGCGGCACCUCUCACAUCGCAGCCUCACCCUGCCUGCUCCUGCUGCCUCUGUGUGCCUGGAUGCUACCGGCCCAGCUUCUGCCAUGACACCCACCCAGCCGGACCUCUGCUUCAGCAAGGCGACCCUUUCCAAUUUGUUCUAGAGUCAGCAACAGAUGUAGAAUCAACCUCCUCCCCCCAGGCCACUGCCGUCUCAGACCUCGGCUAGCAGUCCAUGAGCCCUGAGAUUGCCGAGCAGAACAAGAAACCAAGUCCUGUGUCCCAGAAGGCACUUCCCAAUGAGUGCCUGGUGCUGACGGCUGCAGGUCUCAAGGGUCAUCCUGCCACCCUGAAGAGGAGGCCCAGGAAGAGCUCAACCUGGGCCCCGACUGGAGAAUGUGUUAGACUCUUCAGACAGGCCCAAUAAGAGGAAGGCGCAGCUCUGCCUAAAGAAUCAAGUGACCUUCAGGAGAACCCACGGAACUACAGAAAGAGCAGGGCGAGGCGACUGCAACGCUAACAACAGAUCGUGCCCCCACCCCACACAGCUUCCCGAGUGAGGGCCACGACAGAGCGCUGGUCACGGGCAAAAUGAGGCAGAGAAGCGUGGACACGGAAGACCCAGAACAGGCGCAGACGUGAAAUCCUUUUAGAAAACAUCAGCAGGGGUACCCGUAACACAAACGAUUGCUGUUAAAGAAUGUCUAAAAAUUCCUAACUUUUGCAUCGAUUUCAUCAAAAACCAGUUGUGGAGACCCAAAGCCCAUCUGUAGACAACUGGACAUCCCCUCACGGAAGGGUCACAAGGAAGAGA